AUGUUUGCGGAACAAAUUAAAAAUGGCAUCAUAUAUGGGGACCAAAACUUUUUCGUGCCACCGCAUUUAAAUUUUGGGGCGUUUGUUUUGGAAAAAAUUUUAAAACAUAACGACAAGGUCGCUCUGAUAAAUGGAGAAACUGGAGUACAGAUUACAUUUCGAGAAAUGGUCCAGAAAAUUGUGAACAUCGCUUCGGCCUUAACCGAUCUCGGUGUGGAGAUUGGUGACGUAGUGGCCAUAGCGAGUGAAAACAGACUUGAAUACUUCGUUUCUUCUAUAGCAGUUUAUUGCUGCGGUGGGAUCAGCACCUUCUUUAACAACGCUUAUACCAAAAAUGAGCUGACUCACGCUAUUAAUAUCUCCAAGCCGAAGUUCAUUUUUGUUUCUGGCGAAGUCUUCAAAAAACAUAGAGAAACUUUAAGAAAUAUUGACUUUAUUAAAAAGUUUAUUUUAUACGACGAAAUGGUAACAUCUAAUGACUGUAUCCACUAUCGAGAAUUGGCUGAAAGAUAUGUGGAUGUUAACACGUAUAAAUCUGUUGACUAUAAAGGGACUACGGGCUCUGCUAAAGGAGCCAAAAUAACCCAUCUUAAUUUAAUCGUAGCAUGCCAACAACCACAGUGUCCUCAUAUAAAACACCUAUUGCAAGCUUACGGAAUAACAGAAGCCACGGGAGCAGUAACUAGAGAAAUGGAAACCGCACCAAAGGAAGGAAGUGUUGGCCCAGUCGUUCCAGGAAUAAUUAUUAAGGUUGUAGAUCCAGAAACCAAUAAAAUUCUCGGAGUCGGUGAGCCAGGUGAAGUACGUAUCAGUGGUCCAGCUGUGUUUGAUGGUUACAUUGGAAAAGAUAAGAAAGAUGACUUCGACGAGGAAGGAUUCUACAAAACAGGCGACAUCGCGUAUUACGAUAAAGACGGCUAUUUUUAUAUUGUUGACCGGAUAAAAGAAAUCAUUAAAUAUAAGGCAUGGCAAGUACCUCCGUCAGAACUAGAAGGUUUACUAUUACAGCAUCCAUCAAUAAAAGAAGCUGGUGUCACAGGUACUCCAGAUCUAUUGGCAGGGGAACUACCUACAGCGUUUGUUGUCAAACAACAAGACGCUAAAGUUACUGAACAAGAGAUUAUUGACUAUAUUAGUGAUAAGGUAGCGCCGUGGAAAAAACUGAGAGGCGGUGUAAUAUUUGUAGAUGAGGUACCAAAAACUCCCAGUGGCAAAAUUCUGAGGCGAAAACUGAAAGCGCUCCUACAAAGCGUACAAAAGAUACCUGCCAGCAAAUUGUGAUCUCAGUGAAAACUUUGGCACAUUGAAUUAAAAAUUAAACCCUCCUGUUCUUACAACAAGAUCUUCAUUCGAAAAAAUUGCAUUUAAUUUCUAUUUCGUGCUUAUUAUUCCGAAUUAAUCUAAUACUUCUAUUUAUUCAAAGUAUUAAAUUAUACUGUACGCAAACUACAAAGAACGAAUUGAACAAAAAUAGAGAUCGUGUAUUUGUAUAUUUAAUAAAGAAAAUAUAUCAUGUGGU